UUUCAAAACCCUGACUUCUCUCUCUAGAAACCAGAGAGACGUUGAGAGUCAAGACAGAGAAAGCGAGAGAAAGAAAGAGAGAAAUCAAAAAUGGCGACCAACAUCGGGAUGAUGGAUUCAGCCUAUUUCGUGGGUAGAUCGGAGAUUCUUUCAUGGAUCAACUCCACUCUCCAACUCAAUCUUUCCAAAGUCGAAGAGGCUUGUUCCGGUGCGGUUCAUUGUCAGCUCAUGGAUUCGGUUCAUCCAGGUAUCGUUCCCAUGCACAAAGUCAAUUUUGAUGCCAAGAACGAGUACGAGAUGAUCCAGAAUUACAAGGUUCUUCAAGACGUCUUCAACAAACUCAGGAUCACCAAGCAUAUUGAGGUAAGCAAGCUUGUGAAAGGAAGACCUCUUGAUAAUCUGGAGUUCAUGCAAUGGAUGAAGAGAUACUGUGACUCGGUUAAUGGAGGCCUUUUAAACAGCUACAAUCCUCUGGAAAGGAGAGAGGCUUCCAAAGGAGGGAAGGAAGCAAGCAAGAAACCAUCGCAGCCUUCAGCAAAGUCUUCAACAGCUGCUCCCAAAGCACAGCCUUCCCAUAAUGCUCGUAAGAAUGAUGCAUCUUCCGCAAGCACCACCAAUCUAUCAGUUAAGGUGUCAAGACCAGGUUCUAGUGGGGGGCCUGCUUAUGAUGAAAAGAUCACAGAGUUGAAGCUGUCAAUAGAUAGCCUUGAGAAGGAGAGGGACUUCUACUUUGCAAAAUUGAGGGAUAUUGAAAUUUUGUGCCAGUGUCCAGAGAUUGAACACUUAACUGUUGUUGGAGCAAUUAAGAGGAUCCUGUAUGCUACAGAUGAUAAUGCCUCAGUGGUGGCAGAAGCUCAAGCCAUGGUGUCUUCCCUUCACCAGGAGGGAGCCGAACCACUGAGUCCCAUUUCAGAGCUCCCAGAGGAGAAGCCAAAGCCAGAAACUCAAAAGAGAAAAAUCAUCAUGAAUCAUGAAGUUGAUGUUGCUGCUAUCACCACAUUGUCUCCAAGGCAAAGGAUAUCUGAUGCUUCUGAUGUCCAUUGCAGUGGGUCACCCCUCAUGACUUACUGAUCCUUACACAGUGGUUCCCUUUAAAGAGCUUGCCCCACAUGAUCUUUCUAUUUUAUCAAAAAAUUUUACAGGUAAUGGUGAUUGUAAGAACAUGGAAUCUUUUUGUUUAGAGCAGGCACAGCUUGCAUUGUACCGAGAAGACAAAAAUAAUAUGAUCUAUUUGCCCCA